AGCAGCCAACCAAAGCAACGCCCGGGCACCCCCAAUCUCUCCAAGCCUAAUUUGCGCCGCCGGGACGCAAGACACGCACAGCAGAAUAAAAUGUGCCCCGGCGCCUCCUCACUCAGGCUGCUGCGAAACCACGGCAUCUUUCUCCACCUUGCACCACCCCCUUGUCGCGAAAUCUGUCGGCAUCAAUGUCUACCGUUCGCCCAGCGGCACGGAAAGAGAAGCGGUGCGGAUGCCGCGCCUCUCGCCAAGAAACCCUUCAGAGAAGGCUCCCCAGCCUCUCCGAGUCAACAAAAAUUAGUUCGACAGGGCGCUGGCCCCGGGCACGGUGAAACUGGCCCGAACAAAAUUUGCACCGCGCGCCGCACCCAUGCACUUCCGGAGCGCAUCGCGCGAAGCGCCCACCGCCGUGGAGGGCGCAGGUGA